AUGGCAGCCACCAAAACCGACAGUCUUGACAAUGCCGAGAAAUCUACAUCUGGACUUGAAAAUAACUUAUCAAGCGAGACAGAUGAGGAGUUCUACGUCGACCCUGUCAAAGAGGUCAAGUUAUUGGCGAAACUCGACCUGGCCUUCACCCCAGUUAUCAUGCUGGUCUACCUCUCCUGCUUCCUCGAUCGCUCUAACAUCGGCAAUGUGAAAGUCGCUGGUAUCCUAACCGAUAUCCACGCAACAAACUCGCAGUUCUCGACCGCUGUAUCGAUCUUCUAUGCCACUUACGUUGUCUUCGAAUCGCCUGCAGCGAUCCUAAUGAAGAAAGUCACGCCACGAGUAAUUUUGACGACGCUUUGUGCUGUCUGGUCACUCACCACGAUUUUCACUGGAUUUAUCACUAAUGUCGGCGGUCUUUACACCACCAGAUUGAUCCUGGGAGCUUGUGAGGCUGGAUUGUUUCCGUGCUUGAAUCUGUAUUUGACGAUGGUGUAUCGCCGAGAGGAACAGGCGAAGAGAGUGGCUUAUUUGUUCAGCUGUGCUGCUCUUUCAGGGGCCUUUGGUGGACUUCUGGCUUAUGCUCUCCUGCAAAUGGACGGUGUCUCGGGGAAGGCUGGGUGGAGAUGGGUCUACAUCAUUGAAGGAUGCUUCAGUAUCCUGGUAGCUGUAAUCGUGUUUUUUGGUCUCCCAAAUGACCCCACGAAUGCAUGGUUUCUCAACACCGAGGAACGAGAGAUGAUGAGGUGUCGCAAUGGCCAGAGACAGAAAUACCUUGGUUCCGAGAAGUUCUCUUGGGAAGAAAUAAGGAUCGAGCUUCGAGAUCCAAAACUCUACCUCAGCGGCCUCAUCCAGUUCAUGCAAGAUAUCCUCCUUUACGGCUUCAGCACCUUCCUGCCUUCGAUCUUGAAGGCAAUGAAUUAUAAUACCUUGCAAAGCAACUACCUAACAAUACCCGUGUAUCUCUGGGGAGCAAUAAUCUUCCUAAUCUUAGCCUGGAUCUCAGACCGAUACGAGAUCCGCGGACCAAUCGUAAUGUUCGCCAAUAUAUUCGGCAUAAUCGGCUACGUCCUACUCCUGACCGUCAAGCAGAACGGAGUCAAAUAUUUCGCAACCUACCUUUGUGCCGUAGCCGUCUAUGUUGGGCCCGGCAUAAACCUCACCUGGCUCAAUGUGAACGUCGCGCCGCAUUACCGUCGCGCGACUGCCAUCGGGCUCCAGCAGACGAUGGGCAACACUGCCGGCGCUGUAGCGGGCCAGAUUUAUAGAGCGGCGCCGUAUAAGUUGGGAAAUAGCUUUAGUCUUGGGGCGCUGUGUCUGAGCCAGUGCUUGAUAGUAGGCAAGAUUUGGUAUGUGAGGAGGGAGAAUGCGGUGAAGGAGAGGAUUAUGAGGGGGGAGGUGGAGGACAAGAGGAGGGUGAGGACGGGUGAUGGAGAGGUGGAUUUUAGAUAUCAUAUUUAA